CAUACGUGUGCUGCAUGCACGAAAGCCUUAUUAUGUCCCGGCAGAUCGAUACAUCCCAGUGCUCAGCGAUAUGUACCGCACAUAAAGACCCGCGGCCACCCCGCCCUCCAUGGACCGACGCAUCACAAUUCGAUGUUACUCCCUCUUGCCCUCCUAGCCGGCGUCGUGACGCAACGCAUCCUCUGUCCGAUCAACGAGGUACGGACGGAAAGUGUACUCGCCAGCUGGGCACUCCUCGACACCGUGCUGCUGUUUCUCCUCUCCAAGACCCAAUCCACCGUCACCGAGAUCAUCUCCUCCUUCGCAGCGGCAAAUGUCGUCUACUUCACCUCCCUGAUCACGAGCACGCUGAUCUACCGCCUCUACUUCCACCCGCUCGCGCACCUCCCGGGGCACAAAAUCGCCGCGGCCACGAAGCUCUACGAAGCGUACCUCUUCUCGGAGGGAACGCACGCCCUCGACGUGCGGUCGCUGCACCGGCGGUACGGCAGCGUGAUCCGCACGGCACCCAACGAAGUGGCGCUCACCUCGCUCUCGGCGAUCAAGCUGCUGAGGCUCACACCGAACCACCGGCAGCGCGGCCCGCAAAACGAGAACGCCAAGCUCGUCGAUCCCGAGGGAAACCUCAUUUCGCAGCGCGACAACGCCGUGCACCGGCGCUGGCGCGGCGUCUGGGAGCGCGCGUUCGCCCAGGGCAGCGUGAAGGAGUAUGAUCACCGCGUUGAGAAGCAUGUGGAGCGGCUGGUCGAUGUGCUCCGCGACACCAAGGGGGCUGAGGUGGAUGCCGUUGCGAGGGUCGGCGAUUUCGCGUUCGAUGCGAUGUGUGACCUGGGCUUUGGCAUGGACGAGGGCCUGCAGUCUGGCGCGGGCGACAGAGUGUUUCUCACCUUCAUCAGGAAGUUUCUGCGCGUUGUUGCCACCCUGGGGUCGAUCAGGAAUGCCCUUGAUAUUGCGCCGUACUUACCCGUCGCUAAGAGCGCGAAGAAUUUUCAGGCCCGUGCGGAAGCGAUGGUGGCUAAGCGCAUGGAGGCCGGGACGGAUAGGAAGGAUGUGUUCAGCCAUCUGCUGGACGGCGUGUUUACGCCCUCGCAGGUCGCAAUCAAUGCCAUGCUCAUCAUCGUCGCCGGGAGCGAUACUACCUCCUCGGUUCUGAGCAAUGCGCUGAGGGAGCUGGCGCUGCAUCCGGAAUGGCAGGAGAGGGUGCUGCAGGAGGUGAGGGAGCGCGGCGGAGUCAUGAACGUGCAGGCCACCAAGACAAUGCCCGUGCUCUGUGCGGUCGUCGAUGAGACUUUGCGGCUGUGGAAUGCUGUCCCCGCCGGUGUCCAGGCCGUCGUUCCCCCCGGCGGAGUAACCAUCGAUGGCGUUUUUCUGCCCGCAUACACGGUUGCGCGAAUGCACCAUCUCUCCAUCAUGACCGACCCCCGCUACUUCCCGCGCGGCGACGACUGGCUCCCCAACCGCUGGCUAGAAGACAAGGACACGCUGGUGCUCGAGAGCCAAGCGUACAUUCCGUUCUCGUACGGGCCGCAUUCGUGUGUCGGCAAGCAGAUGGCACUGAACGAGUUGCGACUUGCCGUUGCUAGGGUGGUCUCCGAGUUUACGUUUGAGCUGGGUGAGGGCUAUAACGAGGAGAGAUAUAGGAAGGAGUGGAAGGAUUACUUUACGGUCUCCCUCGGGAGGUGCGAGAUGCGGUUUAGGGAGAGGGUGUAGGAUAGGUAGAACGAGAGAGUUACGGGCUUCAUGAUGUGUCACUCGGAGCGUGAGUGCUGUGACGAUUCGUCUUUGGGGGAUUUAAUACGGUUGGCCCGGCUCAUCAUGUAGAACAUGUGUAGAAGGAAAGUAUACUGCUGCGUAGGUAGGUGAAGAACCGAUGGAGGCGAG